GGCGCUUAGGGGUGACGUCAUAUUCGUGAGGCUGCUGCGCGUGCGAAUAGGCGUGUGGCGGCUAGUGGUGCUGUCAGCAUAGUCGCUACAGUCUCUUCCUGAAUACGUUUGACUGCGGGUGAUUUUGUGUGCUACUACAUUACUACAUGCGGGGAUUUUGAACUCAGACUCUUCUCCCGAGACGCCUAAGGGGGCUUAAUUGGGUUGUGGUACAGUUUCCCUUCGACUCAGCUCCAAGGGCUUCUUGCUACUCCCCAGUCUUGGCUUCACGUUCCUUGUGCAGUUUGAGUGCCACCCAUUGGGGGGUGGGUAUUCGUGGGCUAUUCUUCCCGCGUUAUGACGAGCACCGCUUCCUUUCCCACAAACCCAGUUGGUAUGUCGUUCUUUUCCCACCAAGCUUGGGAACAGGUGUGUGCAAAGGUGAAGCGGGCUGUCGUGUUCAUGGACCCUGCUUGCGCUGAGAGCCUUCACUGGGCGUGUGGAGGAGCAGGGAGGCUGCUGCAAGCCGGGGCUCUCAACGUCAAGGAAUUUUCCAGCUUUGAAUCUGGUGGUGCAAAGCAGCCCAAGGCAGUCUUUGUGGUGAGCACCUUGCUGAAAGGCAGGACAGUGGACAUCAUUCGUGAUAUUGUGAGUCUCAGCCACUUCCAGUACUGUGUGGUUUUCACAGCUGUCAGUCAUGCAGUGCACUUGCAGGCCCAUAAUGCUCCAAGCAGUUCUGAAGUUGAAGGUGGUGGCCAAGUGGUCUUUGAGCAGUUUGAAGAGAAGCUCUGCCAGUGGAUGGGCAACGUUAAUUAUACUGCAGAGGUGCAACAUGCUGCUUUGUUUCUAGCACCCAUUUCACCUCACCUCUUUGUAACACCUGCUUUUUCUUCACUUUUCCCCUUGAUGAAUCUGGAUUUGGCUCAGAUCAAUAGCGCCAGACCAGAGAAAAAGAAAAUUGCUAACUUGAGUGAUGUUGACUUCUCGUCUCUGUCUUCAGAACUACAGUUUGAAAUCAGGUCAUUGGUAUCUGGCUUCAACAGUUUAUUUGAGUACCUCAGUGUGCGAGAGGAAUGCUUUGCUGUUGGUAUACUGAGCAGGAUUAUUGCAGGGGAUCUGGCAAAUUACUCUCCAGCCAAGGCCAGAAGAAAAACUGCACAACACAGAGCCUCUGUAAUCUUUGUGGACAGAACUUUAGAUUUGACAGGAGCAGUUGGUCAUCAUGGUGACAACCUAGCAGAGAAGAUUCUCUGUGUGCUUCCCAAACUUCCAGGUCAUACAAAUGAUGUGAUGGUUAAUAUGGUGGACCUCACAACCCUCCUGACUGAUGAUGCAAAUUGCAACAUUAUCGCACCAGGUUGCUUGGCACAACCAAAUGAUCCAGCGGCUAAAGCUCUGUGGGAGUCCUUAAUGAAUCUCAAACACAAAGAAGCUGUGAUGGAAGUUCGGAGACAUCUGGUGGAAGCUGCAAGCAGAGAAAAUUUGCCAAUCAAGAUGAGCAUGGGUAGAGUCACUCCUGAACAGCUCAGCUCAUAUAUCCAGCUUUUCAAAAAGAAACGUGAAGCUGUUGAAAACCAUUGUGGGCUUCUCCAGAUUGCACUGGCCACCGUUCAGGCACUAAAACACCCUCAAAAUACCAAGUGGGACAACUUCUUAGCCUUUGAAAGACUACUUGUGCAGAAUAUUGGAGAGUCAACAUUGCCCAGUGUCCUCAACCAAUUACUGCCUAUCAUCAAGUCUCGUAACAGAACAGAUAAUGAUUAUACUCCUGAAGAUCUCCUUCUAUUGCUGGUGUACAUUUACUCCAUAGUUGGAGAAAUAAAAAUGGGAAAAGAGUUAGAUGAAGCUGAAGAAGAAGUGAAGGAGGCCUUUAUUCAUUCUCUUUGUGAUGAACCCGAGUUAUCUACCUUACUGCAGAAAAUAACAGGCUGUGAAUCUUCACUUGAUCUGACAUUUCAGAAGGCCAUGGUUGCAGUGAAUGAGAUAUUUAAGGCCCUCAGAGAUGUUACAAGAGCUCGGGCACACAUGAAACAGUUUAAUUCUGUACAUAUUCCAGGAAGCAAUACCCAACAGGCCUCUUAUAAACCAAUGUUGAAGCAAGUGGUAGAAGAGAUCUAUAAUCCUGAUCGACCUGACUCUGUUGAUAUAGAACAUAUGUCGUCUGGGCUCACUGACCUUUUGAAAACUGGAUUCAGCAUGUUCAUGAAGGUGAGCCGCCCUCACCCUAGUGACCAUCCUCUGGUGAUCAUCUUCAUGGUUGGUGGAGUAACUCUGUCUGAAGUCAAAAUGGUGAAAGACCUUGUAUCGGCACACAAGCCUGGAAUACAGGUAAUUGUACUCUCCACCACUCUCCUGACGCCACUUAACAUUCUGGAGUUGCUGUUUGCAACCGAGCGUCUACAGCCGGACAUUGGUGUCUGAGGAGCAGAUAAUCCGUCAAAGAAGAUGAGCGUCUGGUCCGGCUUGCUGAAAAUAUUGAAACCCUUACCUUCGGUGACGUUCUUGCAAAACUGAGAAGUCCUGAAAUUACCUAUGACCUUGAUUGAGAAAAUGGAUUUGAUAGCUGUCUGUAAGGGAAAGUAUCUAGAUUGUGAUAGCAUUUGAAAAUCUUUUCAUUUCUUCAGUGACAUCAAGCUGGCAUUCACUUCCUCUCUCUGCAGUAAUGCUGUAUUUAACUGAAAUCCCUGAUCUCUAGCUUAUUGACCUGGGCUGUUCUUGCUAGCAGCUGGAGAACGUAAAGAUCAAUUCUUUUAGCUGUUUCAUAGGAACACUGUAGAACAAUCAAAGAUAGCCACAGGGUCUUCCAUUUUUUAUACUCCAUUCUUUCCUUCACUUUUUAUAAGGUUGACUUGUGAUACAGGAUGCCAUUGGAGAAAGUGUUAAGUCAACAUCUGUAAUGAAUGACAUUUUUGGUCUGAAAUGCAAUAUGCCCUUGAGAGAAGAAAGUGUGUCUUACAGUGCAACCUAUGCAUGUAAGUAUGCAUAGAUUUAAUUGGGAGUAAGCCCUAUUGAACUGUGUUCAGUGGGGCUUUCUCCCAAUUAAAUAUGCAUAGGAUUGCAGCUUUAAUGUUGUCUUCACAGUAAUAGGUACAGUAUUGGGCAGAUUUGAUUGUGAUAGCCCAUUAACAAGCCAACAGUUUUGUGAAAGGGCUGGGAUUGCACACUAGUGGCUUUUCAAAAAAAUUCAAUCUCCAAUUGGUCCAGUAUUCUGUCACUAUCCUAGAUAGUAUUGAUAUACAUGAUAACACUGAGAAGAUAAAUACCAGGGUGCCCCCUUGCUCCCACCCACCCCCACCUCCAGCUGGUGGAUGACGUGCUUGCUGGGUGGGAGAGACAGACACAUGGCCCCUUGCCCUUUCCCAGCUGGCCAGCCAGCACUUUCUUCAACAACUGAGUGCUUCCAUUCUAGCGGAAAGAAGCACUCACCAGCGAACAAAGCGCUGGCUGGCCAACUGGGAGAGGGCGAGGGGCCAUGCAUCCAUGCGUCAGUAUUGGCCAUGCCCCCUGCCUCAGGGUGCUUCUUUUGCCAGUUCAAGGGGCAUGGCAGGCAUGGUGCAUGAUGGAAAGGCAGGUGACAGCCUCUCCCAGAGCCAUCACCAACCUCUAUACUCCCUUGAAUGAUACACCGCCAUUGAUGGCUAACAGUGCAUCACAAAAUUAGCCCAGUGUGAUUAGAGAUGGGAAGAUUGGAAAUCUUCAAGAUUAAGUAUCAAAGUGAAGGUGCAAAACAAUUGGAACUAUCAGGAGUGAACCCCACCACUGGUUUGCUAUCUAGACUCAGAUUUAGAGAAGUCUGAGGAGCAGUUUAUGUAUUCCUUAGAACGGAGAGAUAGAACUUCUCCUGUACUUUGCAACUUCAGACUCUGGAAGUUGCAUGUUUGAAUGCUCUCUCAUGGAAAAGGGAGGCGACUCGUUUCACUUAGAAAACUAGCAUGUCAGAGACAAGGGCUCGGUCUAGCCUUUCUUCCUGACAUGCCACUUCUCUAUGUGAAGAUAGUUCCCCCAACAUACACACACACACACUUUUAAAAAAAUGUAUUGGAUUCAUAGCCUAUCCCCUAUCCCAAGGGCUCAGGCCAAUUACACUUAUAUACUAUCCCUCAUCACCAAAAUCCACUCAAACAUUUAACCUCAACACUGCCUGAGGAAACCGCUCAGGAAAAGCUUCACCACUUGAUUCUGCUGAAUAUACAAACUGGCCCAUACAGUGUUCAUGGAAGCAACCACAGAAACCAGCUUUAUUGAACUGACUUUGAAUGAAAUACAAAUGUUUUAUUUUGUUGAUUAGGCCCGCCCCCACCUCACCGCUCUUAUGCUAUAAGGAGCAGAUUACAGGCUGUAACCAAUUUAAUGCCAAAAGCUUGGUCAGUCUCAUCUUCACCAUUCAUUUUCCAAAUAAUAGUGACAAAACAGUUUAAAAUUAAGAAAUUGUGUGUUAAAAUCAAGCUGAAGCACACAAUGUUUUAUUUUUGGAAUCUGUGUAUUAUUUUACUUCAGCUGCUACUGAUUUUUUGUUGAGUUUUACAGCUAUAGAAUGUAGCUCAGCACUGCCUUUCAAUGUAACCUGUUCCCAAAACGUUCUUUUGCUAACAUAUUACAAGGAUUAUUAGUUGAGGCCCUAUGCUAUGUAGCAGAUGCAGAUCGAGCCUUUAAAAAAAAAAGAA